GGCAUCAGUGCCCUCAGGUGUCGCUUACAACCCACAAGAUGAAGGUGAUCUUGGUCCUCGCAGCCAUCGUGUGCUCAGUCGCCGGUCACGGCGCUUACCGUUUCUCCGAUGGCUACUUAGACGUCCUGGGAGGCGAGCCUAGCCAAAGCUUCUCGUGCGACGGCCGACCCUACGGCUACUACGCAGACGUAGACAACGAUUGUGAAAUUUUCCACGUUUGCUGGCCUGUUGAAGACGAUGCAGGCGCGAUCACAGAAACUGCCCAGUAUUCCUUCUUCUGCGGCAACCAGACUGUCUUUAGUCAGGAUACUUUGUCCUGCGCGCAUCCCGAAGACGCUUUCCCUUGUGACCAGGCCGCAGGAUACUAUGAUAUCGUCAAUGCUGAAUUCGGAAGGAUCCCCGAUGCUAAGGCGUAAAAUUACACAAUUUAUUGAUU